CAGAACGUGAGGUGGGAUGGGCCGUGCGUUUUUAUCGCGCUUUGCGCUGCUACGAACAAUGCCUGCCUACAAGCUUCAUUAUUUUGAUGCCAGAGGUCGUGCCGAAGUGAUAAGACUCAUAUUUGCUUACAAAGGAGUUGAAUAUGAAGAUAAGAGAUAUAAAUGGGAGGAUUUUGCUUCUAAAGAAAUCAAAGAAUCAAUGCCACUUGAACAAAUGCCGGCUCUUGAACUUGAUGGUGUAAGAUACGGCCAAUCAGGGGCAAUUGCCCGAUAUCUUGCCAGAGAAUAUGGGCUGACUCCAGAAUGUACCAUGGAACAAUUCUUUGUUGACAUGUUCUGUGGAUGCUUAGACGACCUUGGUGACAAGUGGGUGAAGGCGCAAGGAGACGAAAAGAAACUGCAAGAAUACAAAGAUGAAACGAUACCCAGUAUGCUUGCCAAAAUUGAAAAAAUAGUGGACCAAGAAGAUACUUUCAAGACAGGAUUUUUCGGAACGAAAAUCAGCCUUGCGGACUUGACACUGGUGGCAUACGGGUAUUUUGCACUUGAACAGAAUAAAGAAGCGUUUAAGAAUGCACCAAAAUUGUUCAAGCUCUAUGAAAGCAUAAGCAAAAUUCCCGAAAUUGCUGCAUGGGUGAAGAAGCGUCCCAAGACGGAAUACUAGAUGAGAAGAAGUUUUGCGCUCAUGCACAAUAAAACAAACUAUAGAUUCGGAGAAAACUUGAAAUUUAGGAAAUAUUACAAAUUGAAUUUUUUCAAAAAUGUGUAUAGAGCAAAUAUAAAAUCACUGCAUUUAGUCUAAAAGUUUUGUGAGUUACAAUUUUCUCUUUGUAUACAGCUGAUAAGCAUCUGACGUGGCAAAUAAAAGAUAUUUAGUGAGUUACACCUUUCU